AUGCAUAAGGGCCCCCGAAAUCCCUCGGGUGAAUUAUUACGACAUCACGACUUCCCCCGGCUGAUUUCACCACCUUCAAUUUGUCUAUUGAAGCUAAAGCGAGCCGCCGGCUUUAUCACAAAACAUCUUUACACCGAUCGCAACUCGUAG